AUGAUUUUCCGAGAAGGUCAAGGCCAUAUCCUCAAGGACAACGAUGGUGAGUCCUUCUUGGAUUUUACAGCAGGCAUUGCAGUGAAUUGCUUGGGCCACAGUGAUGAAGGCGUUCUUUUGCAACUCUGGCACCGAAGCCAACGAGGCAGCGAUCAAGCCACUUAG